UCAGAUUUUCUUUCUCUCUCUUCCUCACGUGUUCUCUCUCCUUCCUCAAAUCCUCUGUAUGAGCUUCGAUUCACAUCUUCAUCUUCUCAAACAUCUUCGAUAAUCGUCCUGUAAUUCCUUCAUCUUCUUUGCGAUUUUGUCUCUAUCAAUUCACGCACGUAGCCUUGAGCAAACAAAUGAAACCAAAAACAAGGAAUGCCAAUCAAGACUAUUUUUGGAUUCAUGCUCUCUUGUAGUAGAAUGAUGGUCUUGGACUAAUGAGGUUGUUGCAGGUGACUGUGGUUCUUAUUGUCAGGCGUGAUUUAUUUCUUAUUGUGAUCUUGAUUUUCUAUGGAAAUUCUAAUGGCUGACGGCCUGAUACAAUAGGCUCUUGUGCUUCAUUUAUUAGGUUGUCUCUUAGAAAGUUUAGUACUUGAAUCUGUUUCAUAGACUCGGAUAAUUGCAAGACUGUAUGCCCAUUAUCAUCAGCAAGAUUUAUCAGCUCAAGAUCUUUAUAAAUAUAUAACAAUGUCCUGGGCUAAUUUCAUCAACAUUGCAACAUUAAAGCUUGUACCGAAUAUUUCAGUUAGUUUCGCCAAACACUCAUCGUAUCAAAUUGAGUCAUCCCAAUAUAUAUUAUAUUUGCAAGUGGUACUAGUAGUAAUAUUUAUGAACAAAUGCCGAGAGUAAAUAAGAUGGAUGGAUUAUUUAUGCAGCAAAUUAACUAUGCGAUAGAUUUGCUGGAGUUGGAUUUCAUGCAAAUAUCAUAACAUAUUUGACCCAACAGCUAAACAUGUCGCUUGUACAAGCCUCCAACACUCUCGCCAAUUUUGGAGGCACUGCUAGUUUUACACUUCUUAUUGGUGCUUUAAUAACUGACUCUUUUGCUAGCCAAUUAUGGACUAUUACAAUUGGCUUUAUCUUCUAUCAACUGGGGAUGCUCAACAUUACCAUGUCAGCAAUUCUUCCAAAACUCCACCCUCAACCAUGCCCAACACAAGUGAACUGCCAAGAAGCAUCAUCCCAACAACAACUUUGGGUCUUAUACUUGUCUCUCCUCCUGACAUCUAUGGGGAACGGUGGCACUCAGCCUUGUGUAGUGACAUUCCCGGCCAACCAGUUUGACAUGACUAAAUCAGGUGUAUUGCAGGACGCAAUUGGAACUACUUCAACUGUUAAUCUGUUAUUACUUCUGUAUGGGAGUUGCCACACUAACUGCAUUUACUUUUGAGCUUAAAUUAUUUACUUUUGAGUUUUUUUUGUUUACUUUUUGAAUACUUCUUACUAAUAAUGCAACGAAAUUCACAAAUAUCCAUAAAGAUCUGAUGUUCAGUAGAUCAUGGUAGUAAUAAGGGCAUCAACUUUGAACAGUUUGCAUCAUGUCUAACGUGAAAUAUUUUGAUUUACUUUUGAAUUUUUA